AACACAUGGAGAGUAGAGGAAAAAGAAAGAUUGCCGACUAUACUUGGCACUUAAUUUAGUGCGCUCUUUCUUGAUCUAAUCGCCAAAGAUGCCUCACUCUCUUGAUCAAUUUGUACUGUAGUACGGAGCAUAUGUUCCAUGCUACACACUACGGUCUAUACUGGACUAAUCUGAUGAAUAAUCAGUCUACCUGUCAUCCUUAGCCCCGAUCAAGAACCCCUUGGCCGGGAGAUCCCACUUCGCCAUGGAAGGCACGGUGAGGUGCGCCGCGAACCACGCUCCUCUGACGCCCCUGAGCUUCCUGGAGCGCGCCGCGCUCGUGUACGGGGCGCGCACCGCCGUCGUCUUCGGCGAGAAGGAGUACUCGUGGCGUCAAACCCGGGAGCGGUGUCUCGCGGGCGCUUCAGCGCUCGCGCGCCUCGGCGUCGGCCGCCGGGACGUGGUGGCGGCUCUGGCCUCGAACACGCCUGCCAUGUACGAGCUGCACUUCAGCGUUCCCAUGGCCGGCGCCGUGCUGUGCACGCUCAACACCCGGCACGACGCGGCCAUGGUGUCCGUCCUCCUGCAGCACUCCGGCGCCAAGGUGUUCCUCGUCGAGUCCCAGUUCCUCGCCCUCGCGCGCCACGCCCUGGCUCUCCUCGCCGAAUCCAACAACAACAAGAACAAGCCGCCCCUGCUCGUCACGAUCGGCAUCGGCAACGCCGAUGGCGGCGAGGCCGAGCCGGAGUACGAGGCGCUGCUGAGGAGCGCGCCGGGCGGGUUCGGCAUCAGGUGGCCGGCGGACGAGCUGGACCCGAUCUCGCUCAACUACACUUCCGGGACGACGUCGAGGCCCAAGGGCGUGGUGUACAGCCACCGGGGCGCGUACCUCAACUCGCUGGCCACGGCGCUGGCCAACGAGAUGCGCGCCAUGCCGGUCUACCUCUGGACCGUGCCCAUGUUCCACUGCAACGGCUGGUGCAUGGUCUGGGCCACGGCGGCGCAGGGCGGCACCAGCGUGUGCAUGCCCGGCAGCGCCAGCGGCAUGUCGCCCAAGGGCAUCUUCGACCACAUCGCGCGCCAUAAGGUGACCAACAUGGGCGGCGCCCCCACGGUGCUCGGCAUGAUCGUGAACGCGCCGGCGUCGGAGCAGACGCCGCCGUUGCUGGCGAGCAAGCGGGUGCGCAUCUCGACGGGCGGCGCGCCCCCGCCGCCGCACGUGCUGGCCAAGAUGGACGAGCUCGGGUUCGACGUGGUUCACGGGUACGGGCUCACGGAGACGUACGGCCCGGCGACGCUGUGCGUGUGGAAGCCCGAGUGGGACGCGCUGCCGGCUGCGGAGCGCGCCCGGAUCAGGGCGCGCCAGGGCGUGCCGCACGUGAUGCUGGACGGGCUGGAGAUCAAGGACCCGGUGACCAUGGAGACAGUACCUUCCGACGGGCGCGCCGUGGGCGAGGUGAUGCUCAGGGGAAACACGGUGAUGAGCGGGUACUACAAGGACGCGGCGGCCACGGCGGAGGCCAUGCGCGGCGGGUGGCUGCGCACGGGGGACCUUGGCGUGCGGCACCCCGAUGGGUACGUCCAGCUCAAGGACAGGUCCAAGGACAUCAUCAUAUCCGGCGGCGAGAACAUCAGCUCCAUCGAAGUGGAGUCGGCGCUGUUCGGCCACCCGGCGGUGCUUGACGCCGCCGUGGUGGCCAGGCCGGAUGAUCACUGGGGCGAGACGCCGUGCGCGUUCGUCACGCUCAAGGAAGGAGCGAGUGCGACAACGACGGCGCACGACAUUAUUGAGUUCUGCCGGGCUCGGCUGCCGCGCUACAUGGCGCCGAAGACUGUGGUGUUUGCCGACGAGCUGCCCAAGACUUCCACCGGCAAGACGCAGAAGUAUGUUCUCAGGGAGAAGGCCAGGGCCAUGGGAAGCCUGCCUAAGCAAGGCAGAAGAAGCAAGCUGUAACAUAUGACAGCUGCAGUUUCAUCAGACUCGUAUCACGUACGUUUGCCGAGAUGAGAACAUCCUCUACCCUUUCUUCUUCUCUUGUGGUCUUGUUAUAGAAAAAGAACAUCUACUACUUUAAUUUUACAUGAUAUGGGCAAUUUGCUUGUUACCAGCUAUUGCCAGUACCCUGUACUCGUUACACACCAAACAAAUAAAAUGCCUUGAAACUCCUGUAUGCCAAAA